AUGUCCAUCAUGUCUGAACACACAUUGUCAGAGGUCCCCACGAGGAAGGACGAAUUACCUCCCGACCUGCUUGCGUUGAGAACCUCCAACGCUGAGAAGGGUGUGAACAUUAUUGCUCAGACGCCCAGCCGACCAUACUCGUACCGUGAAGAUGAGACAGUCUACGAUCGCUUUACACCCGGUCGGAAGCGAAUUAUCACAGCCAUCGUGUCCUUCGCUGGUUUGGGCAUUAACCUAGCUUCACUGCUCGUGCUCUCAGCGUUGCCAGAGGUAGCAGCGGCUUUCAACACAACUGGAACAGUCAUCAAUUUUACCAAUGCUCUUUUCCUAUUAAUGAUGGGCAUCGGUGUUCUCUUCUGGGGCCCAUUAAGUCAGGUCUACGGUAGAAAAUGGAUCUUCGUCAUAUCGACAGUGUUGUUCUGCACGUUUUCACUGGCUACAGCGGUUUCCCCCAAUCUGCCAGCUUUCUUCAUCUUCCGAUCAAUCACUGCAUUUGCCGGAACCUCUUUCCUUAUCGUUGGGUCUGCCUGUCUCAGUGACAUUUAUCGUCCGACUGAACGUGGCACGGCAUUGGGUUGGUUUCUUGGAGGCACCCUUAUCGGGCCUGCUCUUGGUCCUUUCAUCGGAGGUGUCAUCGUUACGUACUCAACCUGGAAAUCUCUUUUCUGGUUCCAGGGCGCUCUCGGUGGCGCUGCUAUGGUCCUGGCAGUCGCCUUCCUCCCGGAAACAAGUCACGGAAAGUGGUCUGAAGAAUUGGAGGGAAUGACAACCAAAGAGAAGAUUAGCCAGAUCUGGGAGUGGGCGAAUCCGUUUCGAGUCAUCAGUCUAUUUCGGUACCCCAAGAUCCUCAUCGUCGCGCAGUUCUUCACGCUGGACGUCAUUUCGGAUCUCGCGUUUGGGGAGCCGUUUGGGUUCGUGGCGUCUGAUUCGGAUAUGUACGAGUACAUCAAGACGACGGAGGAGAAUUUGCCCGUGUUUAUGGGCAUGACUGUUGUACCCUGGGUUAUCAGAUUGUUCCGGUAUCCUUUUCUCAGGUCGAUGUUGCCUACGGCGAAGGACCCGCUGGGUUUUGGUAAGGUGAUGGGAAUAGCCAAAAGGUUCUCCGCCGAGCGAUUUGGUCCUGAUGCGAAAGUCCAGAGGGAUAUGCUGGGUUCCUUCGUCGCCCAUGGCCUCACGCAAGAGGAAGCUGAAUCUGAGAUCCUGCUCCAGAUUAUCGCCGGCUCCGACACAACAGCAACAGCAAUCCGCGCCACGCUCCUCUACAUCAUCACGAACCCCCGCGUCCACAAUAAACUCCUAGCAGAGAUCCUCUCUGUGUACAACACCACUGCUCGCCGCACCAUCAUAUCCGACGCCGAAGCCCGCAACUUACCCUACCUCCAAGCCGUCAUCAAAGAAGGGCUGCGCAUCUUCCCGCCCGUGGCGGGUCUGAUGGCAAAGCAGGCGCCGCCAGAGGGCGACACGUGGAAUGGCGUCUUCAUCCCCGGCGGCACGCGCGUCGGGUGGUCUUCGUGGGCCAUGUUCCGCCGGCCAGACGUCUUUGGCGAGGACGCGGACGAGUUUAGGCCGGAGAGGUGGCUUGCCGGUCAGGGUGAAGAUGCAAAAGAAGAAGACGGGACGGCAGGCGCAGCAGAGGAAAAACUGCGCGAGAUGGAGGCUACGAUUGAGUUGAUUUUCAGUCAUGGGCGGUAUCAGUGUCUUGGGAGACCGGUCGCGUUGAUGGAGUUGAACAAAGUGUUCUUCGAGCUGCUUCGACGACUUGAGCUCACCAUCUGCGAUCCGUUGGAUCCUUGGAAGACUUUCAACUGCGGUAUCCACGCACAGUCUGAGUAUUGGAUCCGGGCCCAGCGGAGAAGGUAG